AAGCAGGUGCGAUGAAUGCCAAAUCCGACGGAUCCUUUAAAGGCGAGCGUAGCGCACGAUGAUGUUCAGGUGGUAAGCAUUUCUCCAGAGCCGCGGGCAAUGUCAAACGUUAACAUCUGGAGAUGGGAAACAGUGUAACAGGCGAACGGUUCCAAAUGUAUCUACAUCACCCGGAUAAAUAAGGCUUUCAUUUUUGCGGUAUUCGAUUUGUGAAAUCUCUACAAUGCCGCAGGUGUUUGUGUUGUCUUCACCACGGACCGUGUGGCUCAGUUCAGAAGACGGUACCAGCCCUCUGAUGCUCUCCGCUGGUGAUGGUCAGAUGUGGAGUCGUUACAGUAUCUUAGAAUCAGUCUUAUAGUGGCCGCCGGAGACUUGGAAGUGGCCGCAACAUCCCUUAGAUUUAUGUUUUUUUUUGUGCCAUUCGGUCGCCUUUUCAUUUCUACAGUUAAUUGUUUGUUGGGAAAACAAUAACUCGUGUCGAGACUAGGUUUACUCAUAGUCCUUACUAUGGAGGAAGGCAACACCAGUGAGUCAGUCCCAGAUCUGAAAGACCUGGAAGUGAAGGUCGGGAGGAAGACCCCCGAGGGUCUUCUGAAGUGGAUGCGGGAAGAAGCUGCGCAUCGCGGGGAGUCCAAGUCAAAUGUCCCGGAGUGUAUAGAUCGAGACCCGGCCAGGAAAAGCCUUGACGAGAAGAUAAGAAAAUUGAAAGUUGAGAUGGCUCACCUGCGCUCAGUGGAUGUGUGUAUCCUGCAGCAGCUGCUGGCGGUGCACGAGGGCAUCGAGGCGGUGAAGUGGCUCCUGGAGGAGCGCAGCACCCUGACCAGUCGCUGCAGCAGCCUGACCAGCAGCCAGUACAGCCUGGCGGACGGCCCCGAGGCGCCCAGCUCCUGGCGCGGCAGCUGGGGCAGCCUACACGACCCGCAUGACCGCCUCGACAACAUCUCCAUCGGCAGCUACCUGGACACGCUGGCCGACGACAUGGACGAGUACGGCUGCCCCUCCAGCUCUGAGUCCGUGCUCUGCUCCACCCCCCUGAGCGCCACUGAGACGGCUACGGCCCCCCCAACGCGGACUGGCGGGGGCGUUGGGGGGGUGGGAGGCGCUCUGAGCUCAGGGGGCGGCUCUCCUGUGGUGAAGCAGCAGGAGGCUCCUAAAGAGGAGGUCUGGACCAGGAACACUGACGCCGGCACCGGCACCGCCGCCGCCAAGGAUAAGCUGGCCCAGAGCCGCACGCUGUCCCCCAAGACCAACGGUGUCCUGGACAAGGUGCUCCGCCCGGAGGGGGGGUGUGAGUCUGCACGGGCCUGCCUGGCGGAGAAGCUGGGGAAGACCCAGAGCCCCAAGGUCAAGCCCUACCAAAACGGCAAAGUGGAGCUGGACGGCUGCAAGCACAACGGCAGGAUGCACCUGGAGUACGACGCCCACUGGCGCUGGGUGCAGUCUCAGGACGAUGUCACCUUCCUGUGACCUGCUGCCCCGGCGACACCUCCUGAUGGUCUUUGAGGUGAAAGGUCAAACCAGACUGGCAGGGGUGACCUGCUGAGGACGUGUUGUGAGGGUGUGGAGGUGAACAUGCAGGAUGGUGGCUUGUUGUGUUUACAGAGUCUACAUGUGUGUGCCUGCAUGUUUGUCUCGUUUAGCAGAAUGUGGUGCUCAUAUCUGAAAUAACGUCAGUGCCAACACGGCACAGCCUCCGUGAUGUCAUCCUCUGUGAUGUCAGCCUCCGUGAUGUCAGUGAUGUCAGUGAUGAGUUAAAAUAUAUGAAUGAAGUCCUGAUACUAUGCAUUGUCUAUUUCCUCUGUUUAAUCAGAAAUCUCUUAACUAGUUGCACACACACACACACACACACACACACACACACACACACACACACACACACACACACACACACACACACACACACACAUACACAGAGGCCUCUGUGGAGAUCUCUUGCAGUAGGUCUGUGGAGAUCUCUUGCAGUAGGUCUGGGUAGAUCUCUUGCAGUAGGUCUGUGUAGAUCUCUUGCAGUAGGUCUGUGGAGAUCUUGUACUGCGGAGGUGUCUGUGUGGGCCACUUACUAUAGAAGCCUUUGGGUCGGUCACUUAGUAAGUCACAUGGUUAGAGAGUGGACCAAAGCCUUUUGCUUAAACAAUCCCUUAUGUUCAAAAUGACGGCUAAAAAUAGUUGUCAAACAGUUUCUAGAAGGGUUGAACUUGUGUUGAAUCAGACCUUUCGAGCAGCAGCCUCAUGUUUAAACAGAUCAGCUGCUUCCUGUCUCCGUCCUAACCUCAGUCAGUGUAUGCGUGUGUGUGUGUGCGUGUGUGACAGGUUUCACCCCUCGUUUUUGCCAGCCUAGAGAGUCUGUGGCACUAUCUUGCUCUCAGUGGAAUCUACUUAUGAUUAUGCACUUACAGUAUGUGUGGCAACUCAUGUUCGUAUUAAUGCCUACUUAACAAAUAUGUAUAAUCAAUCGAUGGCAAUACCUGUGUUGUGAAUCAGGUGUGUGUGUGUGUGUGUGUGUGUGUGUGUGUGUGUGUGUGUGGUGUCCAAACAUAGAGAGUGUUAAAGAACUGCAUGAUUGUCUGCUCAAACUGAGCUGUUAUACUAGUGACAGUGACAAUGUUUCAUAACCACUGUGACUGGCCAGUUAAGAUAGAAAUGAACACAACAAUAACAACAUCUGUACCCCCAGCGAUGCGCUUUAAUCCCGUGGGGCUGGGGUGGGAUUAGCGGGUAUAAAAUCAACUUUCAAAAUACGCUUAUCUUCUGCAAUGAAAUACGCUAGGCAUUAAAAUACACUUAUCUUUUAUGACAUGAUUAUUACUGAGUUUAUCCCAAAACAGGCCUCUGCCUCGGUCUCGGUCUCUGAUACUGAUGCUGUUUAUAGGGCACACUAAACAGGCCUAGGUCUCUGAUACUGAUGCUGUUUAUAGGGCACACUAAACAGGCCUCUGCCUCUGCCAGAGUCCUUGCAGUGGACAGCUCCAGGAGAGUCACCUGGGGGGGGGGAGUGCUUAGCGCCCUGUCAGGACAAUACAAACAUGCAAGAAUGAGCAGAACUCCUGCACCACUCCCUCUUUCUCCAGUUUACCAUCCAUCCCCCUCUUAUUCUCUCCCUCCCUUUCCCUCUCUCCCUC